GCGUAGAUGGGUUUAUUCAUAUUGCUCUGGUGUUUCGAUUUUCACAGGACUUAACCCAUUUUAGUUAGAAUAAAGGUACAUCAUUUAUUUUUCUAUGAAGCCAUAGUACAUCUGUUGCCAUGCCAACCAUAAUUGGGUUUGAAGGAAGCGCUAACAAAUUAGGUGUUGGUAUUAUAAAAGAUGGUGUUGUAUUAUCUAAUCCCAGAGUGACGUACAUCACUCCCCCUGGACAAGGAUUUUUACCGAGAGACACCGCUAAACAUCAUCAAGCUCACAUUCUACAAGUUCUACAAAAGGCACUUGAUGAAGCAGAGAUUACGCCUGAUCAACUUGAUGCUGUCAGUUUUACAAAAGGGCCUGGUAUGGGUGCACCGUUAGUGUCAGUCGCCAUUGUAGCGAGGACUGUAGCACAGCUGUGGAAUAAACCAAUUAUUGGUGUCAAUCACUGCAUCGGACAUAUUGAAAUGGGAAGGUUAAUAACUAGUUGUAAAGAUCCAACAGUACUUUAUGUUAGUGGAGGAAAUACACAGGUGAUUGCAUAUUCGCAAAAACGAUAUAGAAUAUUUGGUGAAACUAUUGACAUCGCAGUUGGAAACUGUUUAGACAGAUUUGCCAGAAUUUUAAAAGUAAGAUAUUCUUCAUUAGUAAAAUUGUAUUCAUAUUCUAUUUUUGACUGAAUUCUUUUCUAGGAUAUAGCACAUAAGAAAAUCAAAUCAGGAGAAUGCACACCUGAAGAUCUUUGUUUUUCUCUUCAAGAGACAUUAUUUGCCAUGCUGGUUGAGAUAACAGAGCGUGCAAUGGCUCACUGUGGUUCACAGGAAGUACUCAUUGUUGGCGGUGUUGGUUGUAAUCUGCGACUUCAGGAGAUGAUGAGUGUAAUGGCAUCAGAGAGAGGAGCUAAACUGUAUGCCACUGAUGAAAGGUUUUGUAUAGAUAAUGGGGCUAUGAUAGCACAAGCUGGAUGGGAAAUGUUUUGUAGUGGACAGACAACACCAUUGAAAGAAACUUGGUGUACUCAAAGAUAUAGGACUGAUGAAGUAGAAGUGACUUGGAGGGAAUGAGUUACUAUUACAACCAUAUCGUGGUGUACCUUAUUAUUAGUGGAUGUCAGCUGUUGCAAAUAGUGUCAGAAUUGACUCCUGCAUGCAUGGCGCCCUCGCAAACAUCUCAUAUUUCUUGUAAUUACAAUUUUUUUAGACUAUUUUAUCAAAACAUAGAGAAAAGAAAAACUCCAUAUUCAUGGCAGAUUGAAAUUAAAACACAUGUUUUUUGACAAUUUCAAAAUAAAAAUUUGAAAAAACAAAACUAACAUUUUCUGGGUCUAACCUGUAAUUUUUCUAAAAUAAUUGAAAUGCAUAUUUGCUUAUGUAUUUUAAUUCAUAAUAGUUUGUGAUUUGUGCAUAUUAACUAAUCAGCAUUUUAAUUCAACUUAUUCCAUGCUGUAUGUGCAUUUCAGUGUUAUAAUAGCUUACCUGCAGAUUAAGUAACACUGAACAAAUUCAGUCACGUCUGGUUUCCUUUCUCUUAUGAAAAUUUCUGCUUGUGACUUUUUUUAUUUUUCUAAUCCUGUAUGAUCUUUUUUAGUAACCGUGAUGAAAUGUGCCAUUUUGGACAAUCUGUUCACUUUUGCAAGUCUGUUAUCAGUCAGCUUAAUAACUAAAUCAAUAAAAUGAAUUGCAAAUAUCAAUCGAGUAGCCAAGGUGUUAAAAAUGGAUUGAGUACUGACAAAUCAAAUUAUCCUUUGAGUUUUCAGGUUUUCCUUAUAAAGACAUGUUGGCUGUUAUUUCUCUGGAAAUCAGAGGAAAUAUUUUCUGUUGUACUCAACAAAGGAGCUCAAUACUAAACACAAAAGAAAGUUUAAUGGCUUAAAGUAGGAUUUAGAUCGUGUUAAAAUCCAAAUCCCCCUUGGAAGAGUUGCAAACAACAAUUUUCAUAUACUACUUAGCUGAUGACUAAACAAAAGUACCGGUAUAUACCAAACUGCAUGAAAAUUAUACCAAAAACUAGGUAAACCUACCAAAUACAUAUAUAUGCUCAAGUGAAAUAAACUAUAUUGUCUACCGUCAUCAGUCUCUCCCAGUGGUAACUUAACAAUCUCACACAUUCCAUUUUUUUUUAAUGUCAUUGUAUAAUAAUAAUAAUUUUACCACUUACACAUUCCCUGGAGGGAUUGGCAAUGGUUACAAAUGUUUGAGAAAAAAAAUUUUAAAGUAUAAGACACUUUGGUGUACCUUGCUUAUGGCUGUCAGUAACAUGCAUGUAUAAAGAAUAACCGGCAAAUGCAAUCUUGAAAUGCUUUUCACACAGACCCUUUAUCUACAAAUCACACUGCAUUUCAUUAUAUGCCUAGGUAUGACAUCUACCAAUGCACUGCUGGAUGACAUGCCUUCAGAAAUAAAACUACCAUAUUUACUCUAUUAGAAGUGCACAUAAAUUAAAAAUGACAUGUAUUGUGCACUGGAUUGUUAAAGGGGAACCGCUCAAUUCCAUGGAUUGCACCAAAGAAUCAUGGGACACUAUUGUUUAUGUUGUUUACAAUGUUAAUCUAUCUUUUGUUAUCCAUUGUUAUUUUAAUCCAGAAAGUAAAUUUGUUGUGAAAUUAAUCUUAACUGGAAGGUGCCCCUUUAAAAUAUUCAUGUUAUUUACUUGAGCACAUAUGGUAUUACUAAAAGGGCAGGUGGAAAAUACAUCAUAUUCAAGUGACAAUGAGGAAAAAAUAACUUUAGCAGUUUAACGCUAAGGCUGAUAUUGUAGAACAUAAAAAUGAGAGCCAAUUCUUUUUAUUGCUACGUUCCAGAAAAUCUCUUGUAUGGUAGUCUCUUUGAAAAUAACCUUUUUCAGUUCAUCGUAACUUGCAAUGAGACUAAUUUAAAAACAUGAGGUUAAAAAUCAGGAAAUUCAAAACCCAUAUAAACCACUGAGAUUUCUGUAUCAGAGCAAAAAAAAAAUUAAAUUUGGUGGUUUAUUGUAGACUGUAUUGUGUACAAAUAAGAUUGAGGGUUUGUUCCUGUAGUUCAUUUUUUUUUUCAAUCUGGUCCAUCCAGAAAAGCUA